AUGUUGCAGUCAACAGUUUCUGUACUGUGUGUGAAAGUUCCAGAGUCAGAUACUAUGUGCAGGUCAGGAUGUUGCAGUCAACAGUUUCUGUGUCAGACAUGUGGCUUCAUGGAGUCUGUGACAAGUAAAGACUCUAGUGACUGCCUGGUGCAUCAUUUCUCACAUAACACAGUUGACUGCCUCUGUGCAUCCUUUUUGGCACGGUUGACUGUCAUUUUUCUCACACCAGAGUUUUCUGCCAAUGCCAUUGCAGGAACUGCCAGAAUAGAGUUAGGAUCAGCCACAGAUUACCCCAGGAACUCCUGUCUCUGGGUUGGCUUCUAA